AUGGCGAUGUUGGAUUUGCGCGCCGUUUCCCAAAGCUGUAUUCCGUACGUCCAAAUUGGUUUUAACAUGACCUUGUACAGAAGAAAAGAAAUUCAGAAACCCUGGUUCUUCCUCCACAUACCAGAGGUCGACUUCCUUCCGUUGUGCUUCGACGUGGCCUCCAUCGCUCAAAACAUUUCCAUAGCGGAAUCGUAUCCGCAUUCUUCUACAAUAAUCUGUGAUAACUCAUCGUGCUAUUCCCAAAUCCUCGACAAUUCAACUAUUUAUCCCUUGGAACCGUUUAGUUUUGAAUUCGAUUGGAGUUUUUUAUGUGCUAUAAUAUUUAUCGUGGCCGGUGCGCUGGGAAAUGCGCUCGUCUGUUUGGCCGUCGCACUGGAUAAAAGGCUGCAGAAUGUCACGAACUAUUUUCUACUCUCGUUGGCGGUGGCCGAUCUGCUGGUCUGCCUGUUUGUAAUGCCCCUGGGAGCCAUUCCGGGAUUCUUAGGUUAUUGGCCAUUCGGACUGGCCUGGUGCAAUAUUUACGUAACGUGUGAUGUGCUGGCGUGCUCUUCAAGCAUUCUGCACAUGUGCUUUAUUAGCUUGAGUAGAUACCUCGGAGUUAGAAAUCCCUUAGCUACUAGACAUAAAGCUACAAAACGAGCAGCAUUAAUAAAGAUUUGCAUAGCUUGGUGCUUAGCAGCUUUGGUAUCAUCUUCAAUAACAGCCCUUGGGGCUGCAGACUCAAGAAACAUAAUGCCUGAACCUUACCAAUGUGUCAUCAAUAACAGGGCUUUCUUUGUUUUGGGGUCCAUUGUUGCAUUUUAUGCCCCUAUGGUGGUCAUGGUGGCAGCUUAUGGACUCACGAAUUCUUGGAAUGAGUUACUUUUUGAAAAUUUAACGUUUAAAUCAAGCUAUGCUUGA